UGGGGAGUUGAGGGAGGGGCGAGAGGAUAUAAGGACACCACCCGGCCCUGCCUCUCCAUUACGCUCCAGAGCGGUUGCGCAGUCUUUGCAAUCUUCGCUGAGUCUCCGCAAUCUCUCACUGCGUCAGCGGGCCCGAUGGCUCUCACCGUGAAGGCCUAUCUGCUCGGCAAGGAAGAGAACAACCGGGAGAUCCGGCGCUUCGCCGUCGACCAUGGUGUCUCGGCCAGCUUCGCGCACCUUUACCACAAGGUGGGCAGCGUCUUCCAGACUCUCCGCUCCGACACCUUCCAGAUGUAUUACAAAGAUGAGGAAGGGGACAUGAUUGCUUUCUCCAGUGACGAAGAGCUGUCCAUGGCCCUGUCCUACCUGCAGGAUACAAUCUUUCGCAUCUACAUUAAAGAAAAGAAGGAGUACAAACACGGACAGGACAAGUCUGCUGGUGUAGUCCAUCCAAACAUCGUCUGUGAUGCCUGCAAUGGCCCCGUGAUUGGUCCUCGUUACAAGUGCUCAGUCUGCCCCGACUACGAUCUGUGUGGCAGCUGUAAGGGCAAGGGCUUCCACAAGGAACAUGAGAUGAUUCUCUUGCAGACUCCGCAGUGCUUCCAUCCAGUUGAGCGGAUUCCCAGGGGAAUGUGGUUUCACAAGAGGAGGAAUGGAGGUCCAUGUCGCUGGGCUAUGGCACAACAAGAUCCCUUUGUCCAGGUUGCAUCGUGCAUCAGCAAACAACAGUCACCAGCAGCAGAGCCAACCCCAGCUGAGCAAGGUGCAGCUACUGAGUCCAUGAACCAGGACAAGUAUGUCAGUUAUCUGCAGGGUGUGGGCCGAAAUGUGGCUGCAAUGUUGAACCCCCUGGGUAUUGAUGUGGAAUAUGAGGGCCAGCGGUUUAAAGCUACUGGAUACUCCAUUAACAGCCAGGCUGAGCCUGCAGACAGUGACUCCUGCCCUGAUCUACUGACUGCCAACCAGGGCAAGGCAAGGGGGACUUCCAGCCUGGAGCAGAGUGAAGCAGUUCUAAUGGACAUAGGAGAGUCUGCCCCAAAUCCACAUUCCCCGGUGGAUCUUACCCCAAUACAGGGGGAGUCCAAGCCUGCCAGUGUCGACAGCAACAGUGAAGAGGAAUGGACUCAUCUGUCACCCAAAGGAGUUGAUCCAUCUACUGGAGAGUUGCUAUCCAUGCAGCAUCUUCAUCUGGAGGAAGUGGAGUCGUCAGAGCUGCGAUCAGGCGCUGAGUCCUGUGAGCAGGUAUCCACUGGACUGAGGGAGGCAGCUGAGUACCCUCAUCUUCCACAGGACGCUGAACCUCGGCUGAUAGAAGCCCUUUCUCAGAUGUUGUCCAUGGGUUUCCAUGAUGACGAAGGCUGGUUGACCCGGCUCCUGCAAGCCAAGCAGUGUGACAUCGGUGCAGCUCUCGAUGCAAUGCAGCCCGCAAAGGGAUCGGCUCACCAGUGAGGAAGAAAAGAUGUACGCGCAGCAACAUUAAAUCCUUGUGCUGCUGCAAUAUUAUUCAGGCUGUUGCACUUUCUUUGAAUGGAUUGUAAUACUCAUGCUUAAACCAUUCUGCUUUGGGGAAUCUCUUGGCAGGGCUGAGCAGGGACUUAGUCAACAUUUAAUUAGGUGCCUUGAACUUUACCACUUUCAGAUACCUUCUUGGAUUUUUUUUUUAGUUAUACAACUUAAGAUCACCCAAACUAUCUGUACUGUGGAUAAUAAUAAUAAAAAAAUCUCCUUGUAUGGGAGAAAUUCAAAUGGUUUUAUAUCUUUAUAACUUCACCCUACUAUUUCCAAUAGUGUAUUCUGUCCACUCUCCUCUCCCAUCAGAUUCCUUCUUCAGCCCUCCAACCCCUCCCAGCUUCCCUUUCACCCCCAGCUUGUACUCCUUCCCUUCCCCUCAUCUUACUGUCUUCCUCCAUUGACUGUUUAUUUCCCCUCCUGUUUGUUUGUGUUUGUUCUGUACUGUGGGGCCAGUUGCUUUGUCGUGUAUUAGGGGACAUAUGCACAACAAAGUAACUGAUUCCUCCAUUACUGAAAACAACUAUUCACAAUUCAGUAGCUGCUAUGGUUAACAGCUGUGAUGCAGAUUCCUUGGAAACAGUUGCUUACUGGUAAACGGUAGCACUGAUGUACAGGAAUUUUUUUGUUUUGUUUCUUUGUUUGAUUGUCAGCACCACAAUCUCAAAAUAAGAGGGACCAGUCUCCAAGGGAAGAGAGAGAAAUAUGUUUGGAUAGGUGUAUUAGGGGAACAAUAUGAAUUGAAUCACUGCUGUGUAAUUGCAGGCAGGUUCAAUACAGCAGUGUAGCUGUCCUGUCAAGGCUACAAACCAGAGGAGGGCAAGAGCUUGAUAAACAAUGGCUGGAACAGUUAAAUAGUACUUUCCCUCUGCAACAAUCAGAGUCAGGUUAUCACUGUGAUGUGUUGUGAUAUUUAUUGUCUUGUGGCAGUAGUACAGUGACUAUAAAUUACAGUAAGAAUUAUACAAGACUACCCAAAGUGCUUCCCAAUACAAACAUCAAACAAUAGUUGACAAUAAACCACAUGAGACCUUAAGGAAUUAACUGGAGCUCAGAGCUGGGCUGUCGAACAAGGUAGAUGGGAUAAUUUCAGAGUUUGGAAUUUUAGCAACUAAAGUCACAGCUACAAUUUAAAACCAGGAGAGUAAGAAGCCAGAAAGGAGUGAAUCCUCAAAAUUGGAAUGGCUAAGGAGCAUGGAAGGGUGUGAAACAAGGACCAUAAGUUUAAAACAUUUUUUGGUGAAAUGAGCAGUGGCCACCAAAGGAGUAAGCGCAUGAGAGAGAAAAAUGGAGGACUAUGGGAAAGAAAGGGGUAGAUUGAUCUUGCAGUAGGUUAAAAUAUCAAUAUAACAUUGUGCGACAAAGGGUCUGUACUGUUCUAGGUUCCACAGUCUUGAUGUGAGGCAGAUCCAUGUAUAACCUCCAGAAAUGUCAGGGCAGGUCUUCUCUGUAGCUUGCAGAGCUACAGAGAAGAGGUUAACUACAGUGUAAGGCACUACUGAUGGUUUUCUCACUCAAUGUGGUCUAAAACAACUGGUGUACGUCCAGUCUGUCUGUCUCUCUCUCUCUCCCUUUACAUUUCCUGCAUCUUACUUAAGCCCUGCUCAGCCUAAUUCAGCAUCAGAAACUCUGUAUUUGUUUUCUUGUUCCUAGCAAUAAAAUGCAUUUUAAAAAGCAAAAA